AUGAUUCAUAUUCACAAGAUUUGUGAACAAUUAUACUUAUAACUCUUUUACAAUUUUCAAACAAAAAAUAAUUAGAACAGUGCUGUGAAUAAUCCCCAAGAAUUGCUUUCAUCUAGACCUCUAAAUCAAGACCAGCAAUAUUAUAUUAAACAGUAAUCAUUUCGAAAAGUUGAAGAGUGGCAAAAGUAAUAAGACUUAUUGGUUAAACAUUCCUAAUAAAAUAAUCACUUUAUUCCUAAUUAUCCUUAAAAGACAUCAAAAGAUUUAUCCUAGAGGUAUCAAAGGCAUUAUGCUUAAAACAGAUCGAUUGAUAGAGACAAAGGAAAAAAUGAGUUAUAAUAAAAAAUUAAUUAAAGUGUUAAUGUGAAAACUGAUGUAAUCGAAUAACCAAUAAUUUCAAUUAAGAUAAAAACAGAAGAAAAUUAAAAGAAAUCAAAUCUGAGAAAAGUUAAAAAGUAAACACUUGAAAAAAAGACGGUAAAAAUUGAAGAUCAUAGAAAAUCUAAUUCAAAAUCACCUGAAAAUUAACAACAAUAAAUUAAUAAGCCUCCUUUGCCAAAGAUAAUGAAGAAGGAACAAGAACAAAGUCCAGUUAUAUAAUCUCAACCUGGUUUAGAAACUGUAGACUAAUUUCUACAAAAAGCAAAAUGA